AUGAGGCCACGGCCCGACGGUCAGGGGCUCCGGGCGGGAGUCGCUCUAUCGCCCGCGCUGCUGCUGUUGCUGCUGCUGCUGCCGCCGCCGCCGCCGCUGCCGGGACGUCUGUGGGCGGCGGGCACCCCCGCGCCGGCGGCACCCGGGGCUCGGCAGGACGGCGCGCCGGGCGCGGGCCGCGUGAAGCGCGGCUGGGUGUGGAACCAGUUCUUCGUGGUGGAGGAGUACACGGGCACCGAGCCCCUGUACGUGGGCAAGAUCCACUCGGACUCCGACGAGGGUGACGGGGCCAUCAAGUACACCAUCUCAGGCGAGGGCGCCGGGACCAUCUUCCUGAUCGAUGAGCUGACGGGAGACAUCCAUGCCAUGGAGCGCCUGGACCGGGAGCAGAAAACUUUCUACACACUGCGGGCUCAGGCUCGGGAUCGUGCCACCAACCGCCUGCUAGAGCCCGAAUCGGAGUUCAUCAUCAAGGUGCAGGACAUCAACGACAGCGAGCCCCGUUUCCUGCAUGGCCCCUACAUUGGAAGUGUGGCCGAACUCUCACCCACAGGCACGUCGGUGAUGCAGGUGAUGGCCUCGGAUGCGGAUGACCCCGCGUAUGGCAGCAGCGCUCGGCUGGUGUACAGCGUGCUGGAUGGCGAGCAUCACUUCACGGUGGACCCCAAGACCGGCGUGAUCCGGACGGCCGUGCCCGACCUCGACCGCGAGAGCCAGGAGCGUUACGAGGUGGUGAUCCAGGCCACAGACAUGGCAGGCCAGCUGGGUGGCCUCUCCGGCUCCACCACCGUCACCAUCGUGGUCACCGAUGUCAAUGACAACCCACCCCGUUUCCCGCAGAAAAUGUACCAGUUCAGCAUUCAGGAGUCGGCCCCCAUCGGCACGGCUGUGGGACGAGUGAGGGCUGAGGACUCAGACGUGGGCGAGAACACAGAUAUGACUUACCACCUCAAGGAGGAGAGCGGCAGCGGCGGCCAUGUGUUCAAGGUCACCACGGACAGCGACACUCAGGAGGCCAUCAUUGUAGUGCAGAAGCGCCUGGACUUCGAGUCCCAGCCCGUGCACACUGUGGUCCUGGAGGCCCUCAACAAGUUCGUGGACCCCCGCUUCGCUGACCUGGGCACAUUCCGCGACCAGGCGAUCGUGCGCGUGGCCGUGACCGACGUGGACGAGCCCCCAGAGUUCCGGCCGCCCUCCGGCCUCCUGGAGGUGCAGGAGGACGCGCAGGUGGGCUCCCUGGUCGGCGUGGUGACGGCGCGGGACCCCGACGCCGCCAACCGGCCCGUCCGGUACGCCAUUGACCGCGACUCGGAUUUAGACCAGAUCUUUGAUAUCGAUGCAGACACGGGCGCCAUUGUGACGGGCAAGGGGCUGGACCGCGAGACGGCCGGCUGGCACAAUAUCACGGUGCUGGCCAUGGAGGCGGACAAUCAUGCCCAGCUCUCCCGGGCAUCCCUAAGGAUCCGAAUCCUGGAUGUGAACGACAAUCCCCCAGAGCUGGCCACUCCCUACGAGGCAGCCGUGUGUGAGGACGCGAAGCCAGGACAGCUGAUCCAGACCAUCAGCGUGGUGGACAGAGAUGAGCCUCAGGGUGGGCACCGCUUUUAUUUCCGCCUGGUGCCCGAAGCUCCCAGCAACCCUCACUUCUCCCUGCUUGAUAUCCAAGACAAUACGGCGGCGGUGCACACGCAGCACCUGGGCUUCAACCGGCAGGAGCAAGACGUGUUCUUCCUGCCCAUCCUGGUGGUGGACAGCGGGCCACCCACGCUGAGCAGCACGGGCACGCUCACCAUCCGCAUUUGCGGCUGUGACAGCUCGGGGACCAUCCAGUCCUGCAACACCACAGCCUUCGUCAUGGCCACUUCCCUGAGCCCCGGCGCCCUCAUCGCGCUCCUGGUCUGCGUCCUCAUCCUGGUCGUGCUGGUGCUGCUGAUCCUCACCCUCAGGCGCCACCACAAGAGCCACCUGAGCUCCGACGAGGACGAGGACAUGCGGGACAACGUCAUCAAAUACAACGACGAGGGCGGCGGCGAGCAGGACACCGAGGCCUAUGACAUGUCGGCGCUGCGGAGCCUCUACGACUUCGGCGGCGAACUCAAGGGCGGCGACGGGGGCGGAGGCGGCGGGGGCCCGGGCGGGAGCGGGGGCGCGGGCAGCCCCCCGCAGGCCCGCCUGCCCUCAGAGCGCCACUCCCUCCCGCAGGGGCCACCGAGCCCCGAGCAGGACUUCUCGGUGUUCAGGGACUUCAUCAGCCGCAAGGUGGCGCUGGCGGACGGGGACCUGUCGGUGCCGCCCUACGACGCCUUCCAGACCUACGCCUUCGAGGGCGCGGACUCGCCGGCCGCCUCGCUCAGCUCGCUGCACAGCGGCUCUUCGGGCUCCGAGCAGGACUUCGCCUAUCUCAGCGGCUGGGGCCCGCGCUUCCGGCCCCUGGCCGCGCUCUACGCGGGCCACCGCGCGGACGACGAGGCCCAGGCCUCCUAG